ACUGUGUGUUGUUACUGUUGUUGUGGAGGUUAGAGGCCAGGCCAAGCCCAAGCGCCGUCGCGUCUUGUCAGCCGGAUUUGUGAUUGCGAAGGGGUUUCGCCUUGGUGCUCGGCACGCACGUUGCGCGGCCCUGCGGCCCAUUCUGUCCAAGCUCAAGCUAGCCAUGGGCGUGGACCUGCUGCGCGGUGGCGGCGGACGCGGCCACUUCUUGAUCGCCUGCUUCGCCCUGCUGUCCCUGUUCCUCCUGUUUAACUGGUGGUCCCUGUCAACAGAGAACCUCGACUUGCUCAAGCAGAUUGACGACCUGAGCCAGCACAUGAAAUCGAGUUCCAAUUUGUUGGAUCAAUGCCGACGAGACCGAUCAACACUUGAAGGUAGAGUUAAGCGCCUUGAAGAGGACAAUGAUAAACUAGUACAGACGGUUGAGUCCGAAAAGCAAACUGCCCAGAGACUCGAAGGCAAUCUGAAGGAGAGCAACAAAGAAACACUUGCUUCCGAGAAGAAGUUCGAUGGUGCCAACACCAAAUGGAAAAUGUGUGUCACUGAGCUGGAUUCCUUAAAAAAAGUUGAUAUUGCCAAAAGUGGCACUAUAGAUUCCAUGCGUAUUGAGAAAACCGACCUAACCACUCAGAUACAGGAACUUAAGGAUCAGGUUGCAAAACUUGAAAGUCAACUGAAGGAAAAAGUAGAAAAUGCACCAAAGAAAACUUCAUCUAGCACAGCUGCAGUACCUCAGAAAGUUGAAAAUGAUGCAGUGGCAGAAAAUGAGGUAAGGAACAUUCCUGAGCCCUACCAUGCAGAGGAAAAGGAGUCUGAGCACAGAGGAGACCAUCUGGGUGACAAGGAUGACCAAGCAGUCGAUGAACGAGAGCUAGAAAUGCAAGGAAACGGGGAUGAGAGGAAGGGUUCCAUUGCGUAACCAUGAAGAAAUUAAAAAUGUGGAAAAUAUUUUGAACAGGCUGUGUGAUGGUUUUAAAGUAACCGAAGUUGGUUAAUGUAAGCCUGGGUUCAAUUUGUGAAGCAGUAUUUAAGCCUCAAUUAUGAUCUUCAUAAUGUACAAACUCUCAAUGCUCAAAAACUUAACAAAAGUAGGCACGUGAAAUGUUUGCUUGAUAUUGUAAAGUGCAACUUUGUGACACUUUGCUCCAAGAUUACAUUGCAUACUUAACAGCAAAAAAAUGCAAUUCAUGUGAUAUUGAUGUUGACUUCCUUUUGAUCUGUAAUAUUUUUACCAAUUUAGUUUCAUGAUCAAACUCUUUCAUCUUUCAUUAGACCCUAUUGUUUUUAGCCUGUUUCUCAAAAUUUCGUAAGUCUCUUUACUGCUUGUGCUCUAUAAAAGCUUAACAUUAUGUGUCACUUGAAUGUAGAAAUCUAGAAAGUCUGUGAAUUUUGUACAGAUACUGUGUAAAUCUCGAAUUGCAGUAUAUUACUGCUUUGGCCAACUAUUGAAUCUUAACAGGCUUCAUUUGCCAGUGGCUGAUAAUUCUCUUUGCACCUAAAAGCUGGAAUGGAAUGGAUUGCAAAUGAUGCAGCUACAGAAAAUCCUAUGUUAUGUUUAUUUGCAACUUUCUUCCGUCCAUUUGAAUUGCUGAGCUCAAGGUGCUAUUUUUAUUCUCAUUAAGUUUUAUAUAUGGUUUGUGUUGAUACUGUUACCAUGGAAUACAUGGUUCACUAUAAGAUUGUGUUAUGUUUUAAUUGCUGUAAUACUUUUAUUGUUGUCAUUUAUGUUUUAGAGUUAAAAAUUAUUCUACUCCUUAAGGGUAAAGUCUAUAGUAGUUAUCAAAUUCUGUCGAUAUGUGACUGAUGUCUUCUUGAUUAUAGUUAUGCCGUUCUUCUCUCAUUAAAGCCAUUCAAUUUUUUGCUUAUUAUCCUAUUGGUCGAAAAGGUGUGCUUUGCCAUAGGGGCAAUUGACUCUCAAAACUACUAUUACUCAAAGCUAAAGCUGCCAACUUUGAUUUUCCUCUGUAGACUAAGACUUGUAUUUUUUACAAAUGUCUGACUUAUCUUUGUAAGUACAAUUAUGUAAUGUAACACCUACAGGGUUCCUGUUGUUUUAUGAUGUGGUUUAGGUAAUUGAUGAUAUUUGUAAAAGCAAAUUUGUCAGUUUGAAGCCAGUGGUCUAGCCUGGACGUAAAGAAAAAUUGUGGACUGAAAGAAAAUCCUAGUACUGGUAGUUAAAGGUAUCUGUUGUGCUCUUUGCAUACAAUAACCGCUUUGUAAGGCUCUAUUAUUGUUCUGCUUGUUUAAAUGUUUUUUCUGAGAUCAAAUUUUAUGAUAGUCUGUUGUGUAAAUGCAAUGGUACAGUGAUGAAGUAAAUUAAAUUGGACAUGUUUUGUAAUUAUAUAAAGUGAAAUAAAGUGAGUGCCUUAAAAUUGCAUUGUA